AUGGUGCAAGAUAUUGUUUUCAUUGAUUCCCUGCAGGGAAUUAAAGAUCUAGUAGACUGGGUGGCACUUCAAGACACUUGGAUGGGAGACCUGCAACCCCCACUCUACAUCGACUUAGAGGGAGAACGCCUCAGUCGGAACGGAAAGUUGUCACUCUUGACAGUGCUGGCUUACCCAGGGAAAGGCCUUGAGCGCCCUCACAUCAUCGACAUCCAUACGCUGGGAAGCGCUGCAUUUUCUACAGCUGGGAGACGGCUUAGGAGCUUAAAAGACAUCUUGGAGACGCCACAGAUUUUGAAGGUCUUCUUUGACGUCAGGAAUGAUUCGGACGCUCUAUAUUCCCAUUAUGGGAUUAAACUUCGUGGUGUCCGGGAUGUCCAGCUGAUGGAAAGUGCCACUCGGCCGACUACAAACAGUCGAAAGUUCCUAUCCGGCCUCUCGAAGUGCAUUGUGGAUGUUCUCAGUGAACGAGAAAGGAACCAGUGGACACUGUGCAAAGAGAAGGGAGAUAGUUUAUGGAAUCCUGAAAACGGAGGCUCAUACAGCGUGUUCAAUGCACGUCCGCUUUCAAACGAGAUAGCUUCAUACUGUGUUGGCGAUGUACAGCAUCUUCCAACCUUAUAUCACAAAUACCGCUGUGGAACGAAUCGUUGGACAGAUUUGAUUGCGGGAGAGUCUCAGAAACGAGUCUCGGCAUCGCAGGAGUCUGAAUACCAACCCCACGGAGCAGGGAGAGCACUAAGCCCUUGGAGUGCUGAACAAAAUAAAAUGCUCGACUCUUGGAGUGAAGUUCCUAAGCCAAAGGACUAUUUUUCAUAUGAACAACUCGGGGAUUUUGAAGAAGACACUUGGGAGUCUGAUAGGAGUUUCGGGGACGACAAUGAUUUUGAGGAUUGGACUAGGGCACCUUGGCAGGGGCCUCCAUCGUAG